AUACCCGAUCACUUCUGCCGGUGAGGGCAUUCAGCAGCCGCACGCCGAGUUGAGUUGCCCAGCAGAGUUGUCCCGGAGCCCAUCGCGGAAAAGCCUGCCUGUGCCAUUCGCCGAGAGAAGACGAGAAGACAGCAUCAUGGACAAGAUCCAAGCAGCUCUGCUCCUGUUCGGACUGUGCCUAGCGCUGGCCUACGCCGCACCUCAGCAGCAGCGUUGGUGGAACGGACGGCCGAGCCGCCAGCAGUGGCAGGACGGACAGGGCGGACUGGACCAACAACAACAACAACCACAGGACGGCGACAGACCGCGGCAGGAGUGGGGCUGGCCCGCGGAGCAGCAGCAACAGCAACAACAACAACAAGGUGGUGGCGCCCCGACGCCGCCCCCCGCCGACGGCGUCCUCACCGUCCUGCCCGCCAACUGCAACUGCCCCUCGCUGGACCAGUACAACCCCGUCUGCGGCUCGGACGGCAACACGUACCAGAACAAGGAGAAGCUGCGCUGCUUCGCGCUCUGCGGAUCCAACGUGACCUACGUGCGCCUCGGAGUGUGCAAACGCCGCCAGGACGUCCCCACGUAGUUGCGUGGCGGCCAAACCGCCGAGUGACGCAGACGACGCGGACCUCGCCACCGCGACCACGUGUUUUGAUUAUCGUCUCGACUGACCAGUUAUGAUGACCGUAUUAUGUUUCCUGAGAGAGCGCUUUGAAUGUAUCCAUUUUAUUUAUUGAAUAACUUUACUGUGAUUUUUUUGUAAUGUGCUAUUUUUAUACCGCCAGUAAAUGGUUGACUACGUA